AUGAGUGCAAACUCAUGGCGAUUGGUAGAGAAUAACCCGGAUGUCAUGAACCAACUGGCAGCGAAGCUGGGUCUGUCCUCCGAGCUCGAAUUCUACGACGUCUACUCUCUAGAUGACCCCGAGCUACUUGCUCAUAUUCCCCGUCCGGCCUUGGCCCUGCUAGUCAUUAUCCCUCUCACACCAGCUUGGGAUCAAUUCCGCAAGGCCGAAGAUGCCACCAUGGAACCCUAUGCUGGCUUUGGUCCUGAUGAGCCUGUUAUAUGGUUCAAACAGACCAUUGGUCACGCCUGCGGCUCUAUUGGCUUGCUUCACAGCGUGUUCAAUAGUCCAGCUGUGGACUACAUCAAACCUGAUUCCGAUCUCGCGACAAUACGAAACCUCGCUAUACCCCUGGACAUGACCAAACGUGCUCAGAUGCUUUAUGACAGCGAGCCAUUUGAAAUAGCUCAUAAGUCGGUCGAGCAAGCCGGCGACAGUGCUGCGGAUCUGACGGGUGAGCGUGAAGGUGGACACUUCGUGAGCUUUGUGAAGAGCGCUGGGAAGCUCUGGGAACUUGAAGGGUCGAGAAAUGGGCCUCUAGAGAGGGGUAGCCUUGAUGAGGAUGAGGACGUCCUUAGUCCACGUGCGCUCGAUCUGGGGAUCAAGAGAAUCAUCGAGUUGAAUGCCGAUGGUGGAGGGGAGAACCUUCAGUUCAGCUGCAUCGCUUUGGCUCGUAAGGCUUAA